CUUUCUGCUAGAGACAGAAACAAGUGUGACCGCGGCUGACCUUCAUUUGAAACUUCAAAACAGCUGCAUUUCGGAGUUUUGCGUUUGACGCGCACCGGGGACAGUGCGUGUGUCAUGCGUGCAGAAGCCGGCAGUGUCUGCAGCUUGUCCUCAUAACCUCCCGGCCACCUUCUCUCACAUCCCGCACCCAAUCAGCCCGUGAGGAGGAUGUCGCUGCGCAAGGCGAGCACCCCGUCGGCCGUGGGCCCCGUCGGGGCUGUGGUGGGGGCGCUGGGCGCCGGGAGCAGCCCCCAGGGCCGGCCGGAGGUCCGCGUCCUCACCCUCAACGACGGCGAGCACCAGGACUCGACGCUGUACCGCCUGCAGAAAGGAUGGCUGCUGCAGUUCCGGCUCGGCCCGUCCCUGCUGGGCCGGCGCGUGACGCUGCACUGCAACCACCCCGCCAGCGCCGACGAGGACUUCAGCCGCACGCGCUACCGCGUGGUGCAGUGGCAGAGCGACUCCGCCAACGCGUCCAAGGACGACACGGCCAAGUACGGCGAGGUGCCCAUCCGCAGGGCGGGCUCCUUCCGCUACUACUUCACCUACGACGAGGGGAAAGACGCGGACCGCAAGGGCUCCGGCUACUUCACCGUGGACCCCGUGCUGACGUGCGGGCCGGACCUGGAGACGCCCUUGCCGCUGGACAGCGUGCAGUGCCAGACCGUGCUGUCCAAGCUGCUGGGGCCCAUCCCCACCUGGGAGGCCAAGCUGCGCGUCGCCAAGGAGAGCGGCUACAACAUGGUGCACUUCACCCCCAUCCAGGAACUGGGGGGCUCCAACUCUGCAUACAGUCUCAGCGACCAGCUCAAGCUGAAUCCCAAGUUUGAUUUCGAUGGCAAGACUGCAGACAUAAGUGAUGUGGAAGCCAUCACUGACAAGAUGCGUCGCGACUGGAAGGUUUUGAGCAUCUGUGAUAUUGUUUUGAAUCACACUGCCAAUGAAAGUCAGUGGCUUCAGAUCCACCCAGAAAGCACAUACAACCUGAUAAACUGCCCUCACCUUCGCCCGGCCUACCUCCUGGAUGCUGCCCUUCAUCAACUUACUCUUGAGGUGGCUGCUGGCAAGUGGGAACAUUCAGGCAUCCCUAAGGAAGUCUACACAGAGGAUCACCUCCAGGCCAUUCGGAGUGCUCUGCAUGGCACCUUUCUACCUCGACUGAGGCUCGAUGAGUUGUUCUUGAUUGACACGAACACUGCAGUCGCUCAGUUUUUGGAUGUCGCUCGUACCACUCCUCCAUCCCCAAAUCCAUCUUCAUACGAAGAUAAACAGAAGGUUCAGAUUGAACGUGAUGCCCAGUGGACACGCCGCAAGAGCUCUGUCAACAUGCAACUGGCUCAGAAGUAUUUUAACACGUACCGAGGUGACUGCUUUGAUGAAGAUUCAAGGCUUCGUCGCUGUGGAGAAGACUUCAAGCAGCACAUUGAGGGCUUGAACAACAUCUGCAAAGAAGCUCUUCACAACCAUAUCAACUCUGCCAUUGAAAAUUGCAUUGCUGGUAUGCGGUACUUCCGUGUGCAGGCUAAUGGCCCUCACAUUCGUGAAGUUUCUGUAAAAAAACCACUUAUAGAUAGGUACUUUACCGACUUUGGAGAACCGAAAAGCUUAGAAGAGCAUGAACAACUCAUGUAUUCAGACAAAGCUUGCUUUAUGAUGGCUCACAAUGGUUGGGUCAUGAGCGAUGAUCCUCUUCGGAACUUUGCUGGACCUGAUUCCAAUGUGUAUCUUCGAAGAGAGUUAAUUGCAUGGGGAGACAGUGUAAAGCUCAGAUUUGGUGAAAAGCCUGAAGAUAGUCCAUAUUUAUGGGAGCACAUGAAGGCUUACGUUGAGCAAACAGCAAGAGUUUUUGAUGGAAUUCGCUUGGAUAACUGCCAUUCUACUCCGAUUCCCGUAGCUGAGUACUUACUUGAUGCUGCCAGGAAAAUUCGACCAGACCUAUAUGUGGUGGCUGAGCUUUUCACCAACUCAGAUGACAAAGACAAUACUUUUGUCAACCGUCUUGGAAUAACUUCUUUAAUUAGAGAGGCAAUGUCAGCUUGGGAUUCUCAUGAGCUAGGCAGGUUGGUGUAUCGCUAUGGUGGAGAACCUGUUGGCGCCUUCUUGCAGCCUGUGGCUAGGCCCUUGGUCCCUUCCGUGGCACACGCAUUGUUCCUUGACUUGUCACAUGACAAUCCUAGCCCUGUUGACAAGCGCUGUGUGUUUGAUCUUCUCCCAUCAGCUGCUCUGGUAUCAAUGGCUUGUUGUGGGAGUGGAAGCAACAGGGGUUAUGAUCAGCUGGUUCCCCAUCACAUUCAUGUUGUUGACGAAAGUCGAGAGUACACUUCAUGGACUGAUGGGGAAGCCAAAACUCCAGAUGAAGUUAAUCUGCAGACAGGAAUAACAGCAGGAAAGCGAGCUCUGAAUAAAUUACAUUUUGAGCUUGGUCAAGAUGGUUUCAGUCAGGUGUUUGUGGAUCAAAUGGAUGCUGAUGUGGUAGCUGUCACACGCCACAACCCUUCAACCCACCAGUCCGUUAUAUUAGUAGCCUAUACAGCUUUCCACCUACCUGACCCAUAUUUCUCUCGGAAUGGAAUGAAGCCACUUACAGUGGAGGGCACAGUCGAUGAAGUGAUUUUGGAAACAAGCCUAACUCACAUUGGCUUCAAGGUCAACAAUGGGCCAAGGUAUGGGCGUCAAGAAAAUUUCAAGAAAGACCCUAAUAAAAUUAAUGGAUUGAGUGAAUAUGUUUUGAAUCUGAGAGAAAAUUUCCCUCUUGGAGAAUCAAAUGCAUUGUCUUUGGGCCACUCUUCUGAUCCUGGCAUGACUGUUUUGAACUUCAAAGAUUUCCAGCCUGGCUCUGUUGUUGCUAUCAGAGUAUCACUGAAUGAAAAGGUUCGCCCGGCUAUGGACAAACUUCGCAGAAUUACAUCUGCCUUGUGCUCCUCAUCUGGUGACUUUGAUUUAGACACAGUAGUUUCUCGCCUGUCUCUUUCUGAUUUGAACCGUGCCUUGUAUCGGUGCUCAGAAGAGGAGAGAGAUGAACCACCCCAUGCAGGAACAUAUGAUAUUCCUGGCUUUGCUCCUAUGGUUUAUGCAGGGCUUCAAGGUCUGUUCACAAUCGAAAUCAUUUCCCUCAAGUGCUACUCCCUGGCUUUAUUUAAUAAUUUUUUGCUUGCAGGAAUUAUGUCUUUGCUCAGUGACAUCAGGCCCAAAAAUGACCUGGGUCAUCCAGUUUGUGGAAAUCUUCGCAUGGGCAAUUGGAUGAUUGACUUUAUGCACGAGCGUUUAAAGCGAAAUGCUGGCACUAAUGAGUUAGGGCUGUGGUUGGAACGAGCACUUCAACCUGUGAAAGAAAUUCCGAGAUAUCUUGUCCCCCGAUAUUUUGACGUGAUUAUUACUAACACCUAUCUUGCUCUUAUCCAACAUGCCUGGAACUCCAUGUCAGACUUUGUGAAGGAUGGAAGUACAUUCUUGCGCAGUCUUGCCAUGGGUUCACUUCAGUGUGGUGGAGUAGUCUACAGUGCACAACUUCCUCAGCUUAGUCCCAAUUUAUCUCCACCUUUGCCAAAUAUUCGCAACGGUGACAACCCUCAGCAAGUUUUCACAACUCUCUCAGCAGGGCUUCCUCACUUUUCCACUGGGUACAUGAGGAAUUGGGGAAGAGAUACUUUCAUUGCCCUGAGAGGUCUCUUCCUGUUGACUGGACGGUAUCAAGAAACAAGGUAUCAUAUCUUAGGAUAUGCAGCUUGUUUGAGGCAUGGACUUCUUCCCAACUUGUUGGAUGGUGGCAAAAAUGCCAGGUUUAACUGUCGUGAUGCUCUUUGGUGGUGGAUGUACACUCUGAUUUCUUACAUUGAUCUUGCACCAGAUGGUGUGAGUAUUUUGAAAGACAAAGUGUCUAGAAUUUUCCCCAAAGAUGACAGUGAACCACAGGAGCCUGGCAAACAUGAUCAGCCACUUCAUGACGUAAUUCAGGAAGCCAUGCAAACCCAUUUCCAAGGUCUCAUUUUCCGUGAGCGUAAUGCUGGCACACGAAUUGAUGCUCACAUGACUGACGAAGGAUUCAACAACCAAAUUGGAGUUAACCCUGAAAAUGGUUUUGUUUUUGGUGGAAAUGAGUGGAACUGUGGUACAUGGAUGGAUAAAAUGGGCUCGAGUGAGAAAGCUCACAAUCGUGGCAAGCCUGCAACACCCAGAGAUGGAAGUGCGGUUGAACUUGUUGGUCUUAGUAAGAUGACAGUCAGAUGGCUUGCCAACAUGCAUGCUCAAGGACACUUCCCAUAUGAGUCUGUGAACCACACCAACAAAGAUGGCACAGUCACCACUUGGACCUACAAGCAAUGGGAGGAGAAAAUUUCUCAGAACUUUGAAAAAUUCUUCUGGGUGCCUGAAGCACCAUGUGCAGGAGAACAAAGACCAGAUUUAGUGAACAGGCGUGGUAUUUACAAGGAUACUUUUGGUGCCUCUCAGCCUUGGACGGAUUACCAACUUCGUUGCAACUUCCCAAUCGCUUUAGUUGUUGCACCUGAGAUGGUUGAUCCAAACCAUGCCUGGAAAGCUCUUCAACUGGCAGAAAAGUACUUAAUUGGACCACUUGGUAUGAAGACUCUGGACCCUAGUGACUGGUCCUAUCGUCCAGACUAUGAUAAUAGCAAUAGCUCUGAAGAUUCUUCUGUAGCUGAUGGAUUCAACUACCACCAAGGACCGGAAUGGGUUUGGCCUGUUGGUUUCUUCUUGAGGGCAAGGUUGCACUUUGCAUCUAUUGUUGAUGGAGGAUCACAGUUAGCCCAAACCUUAGCAAACACACGUGCCCUGAUGGCCAAGCACUUCUCCGAAAUUCAGUCAUCACCAUGGCGUGGAUUACCUGAACUUACCAAUCAUAAUGGCGCAUACUGCAAGGACAGCUGUCGAACUCAAGCAUGGAGUAUGAGUACUUUAAUUGAGGUGUUGUAUGAUAUGGAGAAGCUUGAACAGAAGUCUGAGAACUGACCCUGCUAUAAGACGCGUGAUGCAGGCUGUCGGUACUUAGGGCAUCUCGCGUCUAGCAACCAUUGCAGACUUGUCAACUCGCUGCCAUUCAUCCACCAGAGCUCCUUGGCUGACAACAACUGCCAUGUUGCUACCAAUGAAAAUCAUGUAAAAACAAAUAUUGUUUGCAGAAGUAUUCCUCCUGUUCAAGGUAAUACUGCUGAAACUGCUGGCACCACACUCUUGUCAUUCUGUGAAGCUCUGGCUAGUGACACUCUCAAGCAAGGCCUGAAAGAAGGGCUUAGUCGGACCAAUGAUUCCUUUUUACUGAAAGUCAAGGUCCCAAAACCUCCACGGCGUCAGAGCCUUUUGCAUGGACGUUCAAUCAAACAAUUUGAACCUAACUGCUGCAUAAGUCUUAAAACAUCCAUCACAGAGGACAGUCAUGAGUGUAAGCCACAUGUUGAAGAGCUGUCUGCUGGUAAGGGCUUCCGUAAUGUAGAAAACGCAAAUACUGUAAACACGAAGGGUAAUAUUGAGUUUGUUGCCUUGAAUGUACAAGCCCUCGAACAAAUUAAUGUUUCGUGUCCCUCUGACAUUUUUUAUUGUAAUGAUUGUGAUGAGACACCCUCUACAAAAGUGGCUAAUGAGAUUGUGAGAUCUGCCACAGAUUUUGAUAUUAAGUCUAAGAGAAAUGGUAAUGGGUAUAGAAGACCUGGUUAUGACCCCUGCAGCAUAUAUGAUAUAACUGAGUUUCCUUCUGAGGUCACUAAUGAACCCUUGACGAGCACUAUGCGAAGUGCAAGUGCAUCAGGGCAUCUCUUGAGUGCCACACCUGCUCCCCAGGUACCUAUGGAAAUGGUGUCCUUUUUAGAAGAACCUUUACUCCUUGUUGGUCCUAAGCUAGAGUGGGAAGGUCAUGUUAAUGCAAGAAAAAUAAGUAGUGCUAAGAGACGAAAAAGGCAGCAUCAAAUGACACCACAAGAGCAGAAAAAACUUACACGGGUUGUUAUAGGCUAUACACUUGCUUUUUUUCUUCUAGUCAUUGUCACUUUCUACAUAGUGUAUUUUGUUUAAAUAAUUUUAUUUGCAAGGUGUUUUGGACAGUGAAAAUUUUUACCUUUGUUGUUAAAGAUUGUUGCUCUAUUUUUGUUCUUGUUGUUAGAUUGCUUUGUUGAUUGUAUUGAUCUCCCUCUCUGAUUUUAAUUCACAAAUGUAUUUUCUAAUGUUGAGAACACUUUUUCAAUCGUUUAAUUUUUAAAAUGUUUCUCCAUGGUCAAUUGUAAUCUUUUUAGUGCCAUAUUAGAAAAUUCUGUUUAAGCUUUUGAAAAUUUAAUGAAAUUCUUCUUCUUCCAGGAAUAAGUGUCUUCUCUCACAUAAACUAUAGCACAUUGUUGGCUGUGUUCUACUGCUGUUUUCUAGUGCCAUAUAUUAGUUUUCCCUUUAUUAACAUUGUCAUAAAUUGGAUGCGGUUUAAAUAAGAUUCACUGCAUCACUCCUUUGGCGCAGUGCAGCAAUAUGGAGCUUUGUAGUGAUUGGUCAAAGGAAAACUUCCUUCAUAUUUAUCAUUAUUUUUUAAUCUGAGAGGCAGCAAUACUACAGCUUCUAGAUGUUGUUUGUAUUUCUGGCGGGUAAUAAGUGAUAUUUUAACUAUGUGCCUUAAUAGUGCUGACGCCUACUUUUAAUUGUCAUCUUUUGUAUCUUUUUAUUAUUUAUGCUACUAACAGCUAUUUGCUCAGUGGCUUUUGCCCAUGAUCAUUAUGAUUUUGUUUUCAUGUUAUGUCUGUCUUCUAUCCACUGAUUUUUCAUUUUUGGUUGACAAAGGUCUUGUUUUUCUUGGUCAAAAUGUCAGUAAUUACUGUGAUACUUAUACGCAAUAAUGUUUCAUCCCUUCCAGAUGAUUUAAGCACAAAAUUACAAUGGAAUCAAUAAUAAACUAAUCUGUAAUAUUUAAA